AUGGCUGAGCACACAAAUGCCGCAAAUUCUGCAUCUGCCGAAACCAGCGUUGCGGACUCGAAGCCCAAACCAUGGAAUCAUCCAAUGCAACAGAGACAAAGGUACCUGAACGAUGCGAGCAACGCUGCCCAAACUCCGGGAAGCACAGAGUUUCUCUACCUAUCCCCGAAACAAGAAGAAAUGGUCUGCAACUACAUCAGCAAAUUCGACAAAGGCUACGCCAAGUUCGUCACUCGUAUCGAAACAGUACCGCUGGCCCCUGAGGGUGUCGACAUGAGUAAGGUCAUGCUCAGGCUCCUCCACGAUGGCCCUGUUAUCGCGCACGAUACACCAUUCAACGGACUGUAUCACCUCGAGACGUACCUCGACGGCGUAAGGGUACACAUUGAAGCGCCAACAGAGACUCCCACCCUGGAGCAGAGCGGCUGGCCUAUUGGCCGGUCGCCAGCGUAUAGUCGCGUACGCCAUGUCGAGUCGUGUGUUCUGGUCUACGACAUAACAAGCCGAGAAAGCUUCGAGACGAUGCGUUCAAUUUAUGACAACUUCCUCUUUGAGCGGAGCAUUACGAGACGGCAGUUACUUUCGCCCGGGUACUGUUACCACGACUGUCCUCCGCGGCCAGCAUUUCGAGGCCUCUUCUUUGUCUUUGCAACGAAGAUAGACGUUGAUGAAGCUUCAUGGGCGGUCUCUCGCAAAGAAGGGGUGGGGUUUUGCUCGCAAAUCGGGGCGGUAUUCAUGCCUAUGUCUACAGACACUAGAGAAGGCAUGGGGCCUAAGGCUGUUCUUGCGAUAGCUUAUCGUACUCUCUUCCGAAGGAUCGAGAAUGGCGCCCUACAAGAAGCACUAUGCUUUUUGGCCGAACAAACCACCUGCAAGCUAUGCUCUACACGCAUCAAUUAUCAUUCAAUUGCAAGUGCGAAUAUCAUGUUGUUGCUUGGUGGUUUGGAGGGUGACGACUUCAACUCCGCCAAUCUUCAAAGCUUGCUGUGCCACAUGAACCUCUCGCUCCUCAGUCUCCUAACUUUCCACGAUCAUGGCGGCUUUGAACCACGACAUUGGUACAGCAUGACUAGACGACCGAAACGACAGCGUCUGACUAGAGAAGAAUAUCUAAACCAUGCAAGGAAGGCGGCGAGAUCAUCUUCACCGCGCGUGAACGCAUUGUAUCUGUCGCCAGAGCAGGAAGCGGCGGUCUCGAAAUAUGUCAAAACGUUCGAUCCUGCUCCAAGCAUGUUCCACCCAGUCAUUGAGAUUUGGCUGAUUUGUGAGGCCGGUACAGGGUUGGAGAAACUGAUAGUCAGGCUGGGCAACGAUGGCUGGUUAGAGGGUUACGAUCCCACCAUGGAAGAUUGUUUCAGUUUGACGACAGAUAUUGACGGGCAGCGUAUACGUUUGACGGGAACUAAAACGCCUACAAGCCUGCCACAGCCCGACAUAUCAGACGAGUGGUUUCACUUCCAGUAUGGGUGGGCUCGACACAUCGAAGCCGUCGCUCUGGUCUACGACGUCACGAGCAGAGCGAGCUUUGAGGUAAUGUGCGAGAACUACCGCAACACCUGUCGCGAGAGAGCGCAGGAAAGAAACAGAUGCCAAUGGUGCCCUCAUGAGUGUCCACCCAGGCCGGCGUUUCGCGGUAUGGUCUUCAUCAUCGCCAACAAGAUCGAUAAAGACCCACGUGAAUGGGACGUUCCACUCCAAGAUGGAGAGAAAUUUUGUGCGACAAUCGAUGCUAUCUUCAUGCCAACGUCAGCGAAGACGGGAGAGGGUAGCGGGUGGAUGGCGGUGCUGGCGAUGACUUACCGCAUUUUGUACAGACGAAUCGAGAACGGGGCUUUUCUUGAGAGCCGUAUGGCUGCUUUGGGCAUCCCACCUGAGCCGGAGGGCAAAGAAUGUACCGAGGAGAGGACGCCACAAUGGUGGUCUAGGUUAUUGGGUGGACGGAAGGCUUCUGCAUCCCACACUGUGCAACCCGAAAAGAAGCCAGCACAAGAUGACGAAAAGGUUUCAAAGGCACCCACAAAUAGGCAGGAGCUAGGAGACGCGAACGGCCUCUAUGCCUACUAA